UCUACAAUUGGAGAUAUGUCUACAGACUUCGUCUUAAGUUAUGCUACUAUACCCACAGCUGAAUCUUCAAACUCUGUCUCAACAUCAGAUCCGUCUUUCACCACCAGUGAAGCAUCCGUGUCAACAAUAAAAACCGACCCUAAAACUAAAGAACCUGCUUUAGUAGCGACGCCGAUACACCCAAUGUCCCCAAUACACGCAGAGCCCCCAAUACCCGCAGUAUCCCAGAAAGACCAAUGGAAGGGAGUUAAAAUUACAAAGCCGGACACACAAAUGCAUCAGAUACCACCAUCGAAGCCAACUGCCGAUACUAUACACAGCCAUAAGACUACUAAAACCCGCCAUAAAAGUCUAAAGCCUGCUUUGCAAGUUACGCUGAUGCCCCCAGUGCCCUCAAUACCCGCAGUCGUCGAGAAAGUCCAAUGGAAGAGAUUUGUCGGUCCUCUAAACCGCCCUAAAAGUCCAAAAUCAGACAUGCCCAUGGAUCAGAGAGCGCCAUCGAAGUCAGUUAUAGACACUAAAUGGAACCCUACUGAUAAGCCUAUAAACAUCCGCCCUGAAAGUCCAAAGCCUCCUUUACCAGCCUCGCCGGUACCCCCAAUACCCGCAGUACCCGAGAUAGCCCCAUGGAAAAGAAUUGUUGAUAGUCUUACCCGCCCUAAAAGUCCAAAGCCAGAGACGAGUCAAGAACCUGUUUUGCCAACCACACCGAUACCCGCAGUGCCCCCAAUACCCGCAGUGCCGGAGAAGGCCCCAUGGAAGAGAGUAGUCGAUUCUCUAACCCGUCCUAAAAGUCCAAAGCCGGACACGCCAUUGAAGUCGGCUGCCGACGCUAAAGAUGAGACCACGAAAACCCGUCGUAAAAGUCCAAAGCCUGCUUUAAAAAGUACGUCGAUACCUGCUACAAUGCCCCAAAAAGUAUCAUUCAAGAAGGCUGCCCAUGUUAUAAAGAACCCUAAUGAUAAGACCACGAAAUCCCGCCCUAAUAGUCCAAAGCCUGCUUUACCCACCACGCCGAUACCUCCCGUGCCCCCAAUACCCGCAGUGCCCGAGAAAGGACCAUGGAACAGAGUUAUCGAUUCUCUAACCCGUCCUAAAAGUCCAAAGCCAGAAAUGAGUCAAAAGCCUGUAUUACCCAGCGCACCGACACCCCCAAUGUCCCCCAUACCCCCAAUGCCCCAGAAAACCCCAUGGGAGAGAGUUGUUGAUACGCUAACCCGUCCUAAAAGUCCAAAGCCGGACACGAGUCAUGAGCCAAUUCCACCCGCCACACCGAUACCCCCAAUGCCUCCAAUACCCCCAAUGCCCCCCAUACCCCCAAAACCCCAGAAAACACCAUGGAAAAGAGUUUCCGAUGCUCUAGCCCGUCCUAAAAGUCCAAAGCCGGACACGAGUCAUGAGCCAGUUCCACCCGCCACACCGAUACCCCCAAUGCCUCCCAUACCCCCAAUGCCCCCCAUACCCCCAACGCCCCAGAAAACACCAUGGAAAAGAGUUUCCGAUGCUCUAACCCGUCCUAAAAGUCCAAAGCCGGACACGAGUCAUGAGCCAGUUCCACCCGCCACACCGAUACCCCCAAUGCCUCCCAUACCCCCAAUGCCCCCCAUACCCCCAAAGCCCCAGACAACACCAUGGAAAAGAGUUUCCGAUGCUCUAAUCCGUCCUAAAAGUCCAAAGCCAGACACGAGUCAAGAGUCUGCUUCACCGACCACGCCGAUAUCCGCAGUGCCCCCAAUACCCCCAACACCCCCAACACCCCUGAAUGCACCACUGCAGACAGCUGCUGACACUACGAAGAGCCCUGCUGAUAAGGUAAGGACUUCUCUGACUAAGUUUCACCCCAAGGAGAUAGUGAAAAUAAAAUGGACGGUGUACCUACUAGUAUAA